CAACUCGAUGACUUAUCGCUAGUAGUAUUUCCUUUUACAUUACAGCAUAUACAUAUAAAGAGCUCUUUUGUUUGAAGAAGUAAGCAAUGGAUUCAGAUUGGGAGGAGUUUGUCUGUAAAGCAGGCCAAACAUUAUACAUGUAUAACAAAAAGACUGGAGAGCGUCGGUGGCCUGUCCGCUAUGAAACAUUAUGCCCUAACACCAUGGUUACCAGACAUGAAGUAAUCAUCAAGAAAGAGAUGUCAAAUGUAGCUACACAGAUAGAUGAUUCUGGCUGUGUUCAUGGUUGUACUUCCAUGUAUGUCAGUCCUCUGGGCAACUUCAAUGUAUCAAAUAGCAAUUCAUGUUUUAAUUUACAUUUGGAUAGUUAUAAUGAUGAACUAGCUGAAAGUGAGGUUCCUUUCAUGACCAAUGCAGAUAAGAAGAGAGAGAGUAAGCCAAAAUGUUUCUUCAACAAUAUAUCAGUAGGCAAGGAAGCUACUUUUUCUAGGGCUAACAAUGAAGACUUGUCAUCAAGUAAAGAGUCAGGUUUCUUCAACAAUAUAUCAGUAGGCAAGGAAGCUACUAUUUCUGGGGCUAACAAUGAAGACUUGUCAUUAAGUAGGGAUUCAUCAAAUGAUGUAGAAGGAGAAACUAUCAAAACUAACAGUGAUAGUUUCAUAUCAAGUGGUAAGGCUGCAUCUAAUCCAUCCUCUGAUAACACAAUGGACAGAGAAACAACAAUUGUUACGAGUCAAUCAUCAUCACAAAGGAGAAUAACAUUAAGUGCAAGAGUUUUGUUGAGACCUCUCAUUAUUUUGCCUGAAAUCAACAGCAAAGAACACAAACCAACUCUAGAUUACGAAGAGAAGGCAUACUUGUGUGAUAAAUGUCCAAAAGCUUUUGAUAAAAGGAGUACUCUUCUUCGUCAUAUACUUGUGCACACAGGAGAAAGGCCCCAUAGCUGUAGGCAAUGUGGGAAAUCAUUUUCUGACAAAGGAAAUUUAAAUCAACACCUAAAGGUGCACUCUGGAAACAAACCAUAUAAAUGCAAACACUGUAAACGUUCCUUCUCUAGAUCGCCUGACCUGACUAGACAUCUACGAAUCCACACUGGACAGAAACCUUACAAGUGUGAAGAAUGUGGAAAAGCUUUCACCCAGAUAGGCACACUCAAGCAACAUGGACAAGUCCAUAGUGGCAAGAAGCCUUUUAAGUGUCAAGAAUGCAAUAAAUCAUUUACACUGAAAAGCAAUUUAGUUGUCCAUCAAAGGACGCAUACUGGAGAGAAGCCAUUUGAAUGCCGUAGAUGUGGAAAUAUGUUUUCACAGAAAGUAACACUUAGGGAACAUCAACGUCUUGCUCAUAAUAGGAAAAAGGAAUUUAAAUGUUCAAGUUGCAGGAGAGAAUUUAGCACAAAAAGGAAAUUCACUUAUCAUCAUACUUAUCAUUCCAACUAGUUUUUCUUGCUUUUUGGACUUAGAGUUGUUGACAAAUGUUUUACUUCCAAAUAAAAUUCUCGACAGUUUAGAUCAUUUUAUUUGGAUAUGUUAUCAUUUCAUUUUUGGUCAAUUAAAUGUUUACUCCGUUGGAACAGUACAGUGUUAAGUAUUAAAUUAGGACAUAACAUAGAUGUUUUUCCAGUGUUUUAGUUGAUAACUUAAACUGGAUGAUGUACUUGGAAAAGUAAUAAUAAAAUAGUAAAUGAAA